AUGUCUCAUUCCCGAGUAGGUGUGGUUACAGGUGCCAACAAAGGCAUCGGAUACGCAAUCGUGCGCCAGUUGGCUCUGCAGUAUCCCAAGUCUUCUCUGAACAACGGGUCCCUGCUCAUUUACUUGACGGCUCGUGAUAAGUCCCGCGGCGAGCAGGCGCUUGCCAGCAUCCAGAACGAUGCGGAUCUGAAGAAAGCCAAAGCUCUGUCUGCGCAUGGCGGCCUCACUGAUAUCAAGUAUCACCAGCUGGAUAUUUCAGACUCAAAGAGCAUCGAGAAUCUGGCCUCGUUUUUGAAGAAGGAGCACCCUGAAGGCGUCGACUUUGUCAUUAACAACGCCGGCAUUGCGAUGCAAGGAUUCGAUUCCAACGUGGUCAAGAACACUUUGGGCUGCAACUAUUACGGCACACUGGAGGCAACUCGUGCUUGGAUUCCGAUACUCAAGGCUGAUGGACGCAUUGUCAACGUUGCAUCCGUUUCAGGCUCGUUGAACAAGUACUCGUCUCAGGUCAAGGAGCGCUUCUUGUCGUCACAAACUGUCCCGGAAGUGACCAAGCUCAUGGAAGAUUUCACCGCCGCCGUUGAGAAGGGAACGCACGAGAGAGAAGGCUGGCCAAGCGCUGCCUACGCGGUAUCAAAGGCGGGCGAAAUUGGAAUGACGAGAGCGAUUGCCAAGGAGCUGAUGGACAAGGGAAGCAAGAUUUUGGUCAACUCGUGUCACCCAGGCUACGUGGUAACAGAUAUGACGAGGGGUGGCGGGACGAAAACUCCCGACCAGGGAGCUCAAACACCAGUCCACCUCGCACUGGCAGAUAUCGGAGGAAAGUCUGGCGAGUAUUGGUCGGAUGAGAAGGUUGCGUCGUGGUGA